AUGGCGCAGACAAAUAACUAUCCUUUUUACCUUCCAGACGACUCCCAUCACCCUUCACCUGGCCAUCAGGCCCCGUCGUCCUCGUCCUUCAUGUUCAACGGACCAUCCCAUCAAGAUGGCACAUCCCAAGAUGGACCGGAUCUAUCACUGCAGCCGGCUGGCAAAGAACCGUUGUACAUGUCAUAUGAUUUUUUAACCGAUUAUGGCCUGGACACCGACGCCACCGCCACCGCCACCGGGGCCAACGGGCCCAUCCUGCCACCCACCAUCGAUAGCAAUGCACCCUGCUCGGAGACCCCAGCGAGGACAGGCAUGGAUUUCCGACGACGCAAGAAUUGGCCCGAUCGUAUCUUGACCGAAAUCACCGGUUUUAUGCAUGUCCUGUCAUCCGUAGGCAAAGUGCUCUACUGUUCCGAAUCCACUUUUGAAUCCACCGGCUAUCGACCGCACGAAUUGCUUGGGCAAGCCUUUACAGACUUUCUUCACGUCGAUGAUCUCGACGUUUUCAUACGAGACUUUAACAUGGCAUUCCAUUCCAAGGAUCCAAUACGAACGUAUUUUCGUUUCCGAAAGAGCGACGGCUCUUUUGUCAUCUUUGAAGUCCUCGGUCAAGUAAAAACCGGCGGUUCCAGCGUAUCGACCGAUGCCUUUUUUGCCAUGGCUCAACCAAUUCCCAGUCGCAACGGUUCUCUCGUGGACGCAUUUCUGGAAUUGAAGCUAGAAAACCAAUGGUUGAAAGCAAGGAUAAAUGAUUCAAUGCAGCAAUACUAUGGCAAUGCUAACGGGAACCCCUUGUCAGAAACCAACACCUCUGAUUCUUUGCCCGGUAGCUAUGCGCAUUAUUCCACCGCCGAUAUGAGCGAUGGGUCUGCUCUUAACUCUGAGGAAAAGCCCGCCAACUCCACCACCAACGCUUUUAUGCCAGACUUGAAUAUCAAUGACGCACCGGUACAACGCUUUAAUUCAAGCAAGAAAUAUUACAUCUGCGCCGACUGUGGUAUCACGUCGUCUCCUGAGUGGCGUAAAGGGCCCCAAGGACCGAAAACGUGA